ACAUAGAGAUUUUGGAAAGCACCACAUCCAUAACUAAUUCUUUGGAACUGAAACAGUUGAGCCAGUACAACCGAGGAACAAAACUGAGACAGCCCUAUCGAACAGAAAGGCCUAUAUUGUUCUACAAUUUUCCGACUAUAGCCACCAAGAGUUUGGUAUCCUCCUGUCCGAUACAAAAUUUACCAAGACCUGUAGCUGGAGAUCUCCCACCUGCCUUAAAGAUAUCCCGGACUAGUUUGUGAGUAAGAAUAAGGAAACAUGUACCAUCAGACGAUUACGAACGCCUUUGCCUCUCUGAUUUUGGCGGCAACACUUCUUUCCACGAUGUUAUCUUCUCUGACCGAGGCAUGUGGUUCGAAAGGAAGCUCGGAUGUUACAACACCCAAGCCUCAAAGAGGUGGUAGACCUGGCGUACAAAGACUUCGGCGCGAGUUGGGCAUGGACUGGAAUGUCGAAACCAUAGCCACGUCGAACCCGGAGUCGAUUUUGACAGACGAGCUCGUUCACCUGCUUGAACAGGACAUUGACGACGAGGAGGUCACCGUCAUUGACUGGAUCAGCGAGGGACAUUCAGUUCGUGAUUUUUUGAAGCUUUUAAACAUCUUCGACAAGGAUGGCGAUGAUCGGAUAUCAAUAUCUGAGAUUGUCAACGUGAUCAAAGAACAAAGUAAACCGAUUACGCUUGUCUGAAACGACGAAACCGGAACUACUGUCCCGAUAUAUCGUCUGCUUCUCCCGGGAUCUCAGACGGUCACACCAACGAAACCGACUUCAGACCGAUCAAAGAUAUUACAUCAUUUCAAAUAGAAUAAUAUCGAUCGAUUUAUACAGUUUCGUUGGUGUGUCUGUAAGAUACAGCAGGCCUACCUGUUAAAUGAAAUACCACGCAAACACGAAGUAUUUUGAAAGAAUGGAUCCCAAAGAUUCUUGCACAACUCGUCGAAAAACCACGGAGUUUUGAUACAUCCAUGGGAGCACCUUGCACAAUCGUUAAACUAUAGAUAUUAAUAUUUAUCCAAUAUUUGAUGUAGAAGGAUAUUUGUUGGGUAGAAUAAAACCAAAUGCUCUGGAAACCUUUAGUAAUGAUAUAUGUGUAUGAAAGUUGACAUGAAAUUUACCCAACUAAUACAUGUUCCCAUUUGACACAAUAACGAGUAAAAUUUUACAAUUUGCUUUACUUUUAUAGUGGAUCAUUGAUUUUUGUCACCAGAACUACUAAAAAAUUAAUGAAUAUUUGAUAUUUUCUAUGUAAUAUUUUCUCACUCAUCGCUGAAAGAAUUGUAGUUAAAUUCGAAAAAAAAGAUCUUCAAAUCGCCGACUUAAGUAUAAUCAUUUCCGUUAUUGCAAGAAUUAAUUUUCACCCAAGUUUAUUUUCAUUUCAUCCGCUGUAGACAUUGCCUAGUGAAUAGAGACAGUCCAAUCCGAGUCGCUUUAUUGUCAAUUUGGUAAAAUACUAAUAUGGUUAGGCCUAUUUGUUUAUUCUUAAAAAAUAUUUUAUUUUUAAAGGAAAAAAUAUCCGGCCAUUUAAAUGUCUUUUAAAAAUAAAAUAACACCUUCGUAUUUUUUCUUAAAAUUCCCUUCUCUAAUACGGAGUAGACAAUCCUUUCUAAUUUGCUGCUUUUGAUUUAGCCCUACUUCAAUUAAAUCAUUUUCUUCAUAUGCAAUUACAAAUUUGAAUAUUUAUGCAUAACCCCGCCCCCAUCAUGUCACCAUGCAACUGCAUAUUAUUUAUAAUUCUUUGCAAGAAUGUAUAUCCGUUUGCUAUGUGACCUAUCUUUUUGACCUUUAUAAUCUAGAUUAUACAUAAAAUAAAAAUAAUCAAAUAUAUUUUCAAAAAUAUUUAAGUAUCAUUAUGCAUCCACUCACCGGAAUCCUUUAAACAAUUAUGUGACAACAAAAUAAUUUAUUUGCAUACCAUACACGUAUUAGGCCCCAGAGAAAAAUAAAAUCCUUAUCACUUGCUUAAAAAAACUUCCUCAUUUGUAUCAAAGUAUUCCUAUUCAUUCCAUGAGGACUUGCCACUCUUAGUCCUUUGAGAAGUAAAAUUAAUAUUUGGGAUAAAAUGUAUAUACUAAUUCACACGUUUGAUAUGAUUUUGUGAUCGUAUUGGUUCUCAACAUUUGCAUGCAUGCUAUAUUUUUGUCAAUUUCAAAUCCAAUCUCGAUGAAAUUCGUACUGUUCUACUUGUUUGAUAUUGCUUGAAACCGGUUCAUGUUUUUUAAUUGACUUGAUCUUUAAGAAGCCUAAAAUACUGAAAUAAAGACCCAUGCUAAUGGAGGAAAAGAACACAAAUAUAUAAAUAUGAAGGUGAUAUAAGCCUAUAAGCAAUGAUCAAUGAUACAUAUAACAGUCCUAUUAUUUUUUGUUUGUUGUAAAUGGUACUACGGAAAUGAUGUUUCUUGAUAUUUAUGUAUAUAUAUUUAUUGUAUUCAAUGUAAGCAACCUUAAUUGAAAUAUGAAAAUGCACGUUAAGUACAAAUUGGAAUAAUUAGAAUGAUGAUGAUUUUUUUAAUAAAAUUCUUCGAUAAAUCAA